AUGAUUCCGGCGAUAGUAGACAUGGAGAUCGAGUCGACGCCAAGCGAUUCGAUCAGAUUACCAGGUUUUUUUUUCAAAUUCAAAGUUUCCGGUGUUAUAGUGUGAAAAUUAAUAAUUUUCUUGAUCUAACUUUGAGGAGUAGCUGAAGUUGAGAACAUGUUAGAGAAUCUUAAAAUCUUUAAAGUUUUUCUUGUUAGGACUUUUUUCAAAGUAGUAUCUUCCUCUCAUUAACUUUAGUGAUAAAGAAAAACGUGUCUCCACAUUUAAUCACAAGUUUUUCAAACCUUAAAAUGCGUUUUUUCGGACCCUUUCAGCUGUGAAAAGCUUUUCUAUUUCCUAAAUCUCUAAAUCGAUUUUUCCCGAAGUUUCUGUAUUGAAGUAUUCUGCGUCGAAAUUUUGACCAUUAAAAUUAGUUUCUGGAAAGUCUUCACCUAAUUAUCGUAAACUCCUCGAAUCUUGUAAAUUACGAAAUCCAACUAUUCCAAAGUACUUUCUCGAUCCGAAUCUCCCUUUUGACGAACUCAAUUAGCCAGCGAAAACGGCUUAAUGUGAUAGGACCAACGAAUAGGAAGAAUAGAAAAAAGAGGGAAUUAAAUGGAUUGAAUGGAAAGGAGAAAGACGCGUUGGUUGGCCCCUCCAAAAUAAGAAAAGGCGCGUGGCGGUGGCGAGUUUUGGCGUCGGCGGCGGACGACCGGUUGCCGUGUCCGGAUGCGGCUGGCGGCGACGCGUGUGAAUGCGUCCCGAGAAUCGAAGAAGAAAUUGAGAUGAUGAAGGAGGAGAACGAAUGA